AUGUCAGAUUUGAACUUUGGAGCUACAAGUACGAGUAAAGAAGAAGGAGAUUUUAACACAUCACAUACUGAGACUAUGCCAGAUUGUAAUGUGAAUGUUGAUGAACAUUUUUGUGGUGAAUUAUCAAGCAUCUGUAAGCAUUGUUCUGCUCUACACUUCAAAGAUGAAGUAAAUAGACAAGGUGCAUACAAGAAUUGCUGUCAUUUCGGUAAAGUAA